AUGUUGCGGCAAGACUACAACCGAAUCGAUCCCAAGCGGCGCAAUGUCGUCGACCACCGCAAGAAGCAGUUCGCUUCACCUGCCUAUAAGGAGAUCGAGUACCCCCACCGCCUCAACUUCUACGCCGAGGCGCCCACGGCAGACAUUACCCUCGAGCAGUUUGAGCAAUGGGCCAUUGAUCGCCUAAGGAUUCUCGCCGAGCUCGAAGCCUGCGCCUUCCGCAAUAAGUCGCCCCAAGAGAUCGCAAACCACAUGAAGCCGCUCCUCGACAAGUACCUACCCCUCGAAUCGAACAGCUCCCACUCCCCGAAACUCUUUGCCCAGAGACAAAAAGACCACUACAGUCACUUCAUCCUCCGCCUCGCUUUUGCAAGGACAGAAGACCUGCGUCGCCGCUUCGUCCGCGUCGAGACCAUGCUGUUCCGCCUGCGACUUAACAGCGACGACCUGAGCGAACGAGCUGCCUUCAUCGGCGGCCUAGACCUCGACUGGUGGGAGAAUGUCACAGAAGACGAAAAGCGGGAGUAUGCCUCGGAGCUGGCAUCCAUGUCGCGCCCCUGGGGCAAGAACGCAAUGGAGGACGACAACUGGUUCAAGGUCGAUUGGGAUCGCGUACCAGAACUCGUAGAGCAGCGCAAAGUGUUUCUCAAGGCAGGCAAGGCCUUCGUUCCCGGGAGAGAGCAGGCCAGUAUGGUGAUUGGUGAAUUUGUGUCGAGGUUGGAACGACAACUAGAACUCACGGCGCGCGCUCUGCCCCGCCUGGACGAGGACGACCGCCUCACGCCGAUCCUCGACCACCUCUCUAAGAACUUCAUCACCCCCGACAGCUCCUACGCCUCCAACACAGGCGCACCAGUCGGCGCCGAAAUAACCGCCCGCAACAUCGACAACCUCGCUCAGCAUUUCCCGGCAUGCAUGUCCCACCUACACCGCUCGCUCCGUCGUGACGCCCACCUGAAGCACUUCGGCCGUCUUCAAUACACCCUCUUCCUCAAGGGCAUCGGCCUGAACCUCGAGGAGAGCUUAGUCUUCUGGCGACAAGGUUUCCGCAAUGUGACCGACGACACCUUCAACAAGGAGUACCGCUACAACGUCCGCCACUCGUACGGAGACGUCGGAGGUGACUCGAAUCGUCGCGGAGGCGGCUACAGCCCGUUCAGCUGCCAAAAGAUCCUGACAGAGCAUCCGCCCGGCCCGGGCGAGGCCCACGGCUGCCCGUAUCGGCACUUUAACCUCGAGAAUCUCACAACACUGGUCCAGGCCAUGGGUGUCAGCGACCGGGCCACGCUCAACGGAGUCAAGGAGGACAAGGAGAACCAAAAGUUUCACAUGGCGUGUAAUCGCGUGUUCGAGCACCUGCACAAACAGGAACUCAAAAAGGCAAAGGACGAGGGCGUCUUCACGUCCGCGCAACUCGAGACUAUCGUACACCCCAACGAAUACUUCAAGCGCAGCUACCUUCUCAAAAACCUCGACAAGGCGGCGGCGGCAGAUGUCAAAAUGGAGGGGUGA